CCAUCGGAUCACUGACACUCAUAAAGGCCGCCAUUAUUCAGCUGAGAUGUCUUCCUUCCACCACCAAUUUAUUGCUCCCACUCCCCACCCUCUCCUCUCUUUAUUUAAUGUUUUAACCUAAUUCAAACAAAAACAGAGACAAGGAAAGGGAGUUCACUGCCCUCCCACUUUUGAUUUGAUUGAUUUAGGAGUGGGGAUGGGGGAUUACGUUGUGAAGGUUGAGGAUGGAAGGGGUGCGAGCGACGGGAAGCCGUCGGCAGGACCGGUGUACCGCUGCAUUUAUGCCAAGGAUGGGCUUCUCGACAUCCCCACUCACUUCGACUCUCCAUGGAACUUCUUCAGUGCCUCCGUGAAAAAGAACCCAAAUAACCAGAUGCUGGGCCGCCGUCAAAUCAAGGACGGAAAGGCGGGUGCAUACACUUGGCUAACGUACCAGCAAGUCUAUGAUGCAACGCUCAAGAUCGGUUCCGCUAUGCGACGCCGUGGUGUCAAUCCCGGAGACAAAUGUGGCAUAUAUGGAGCUAACUGCCCCGAAUGGAUUAUCGGCAUGGAGGCUUGUAUUGGUCAAUCUGUCACAUACGUACCACUGUAUGAUACACUUGGUGCAAAUGCAGUGGAGUUCAUUAUAAAUCAUGCUGAAGUUUCCAUAGCUUUUGUCCAGGAAAGCAAGCUAGUACCUAUACUAACAUGUCUCCCCAAGUGUGUCUCACAUCUGAAAACCAUUGUCAGCUUUGGGAAGGUGUCUGAUAAGCACAAGGAGACAGCUGAGGAACUAGGUGUAGCUUGCUUCUCCUGGGAAGAGUUUGCUCUAUUGGGAGAUUUAGAUGAAAAUCUUCCUCCUAAGAAGAAGACCGACACUUGCACGAUAAUGUACACCAGUGGCACGACGGGAGAACCAAAGGGUGUCAUCCUAUCCAGCGCUGCUUUCAUGGCAGAAGUCUUGUCUAUGGAUCAACUUCUUCUAGAGACAGACAAAGUGGGCACAGAAGAGGAUGUAUACUUUUCCUUCCUUCCACUAGCCCACAUAUUUGAUCAAAUUAUGGAGACCUACUGCAUCUACCGUGGGUCCUCGAUUGGAUUUUGGCAAGGGGACAUUAGAUUUCUGAUCGAGGAUCUUAUUGUGUUGAAGCCGACUAUCUUUUGUGGGGUUCCACGAGUUUAUGACAGGAUAUACACAGGCAUUAUGGAUAAGAUCUCUGCGAGUGGUGCGCUGAGGAAGUCUCUUUUCCAGAUCGCUUACAAUUAUAAAUUAAGGAACCUGGAGAAAGGACUCAGGCAAGAGGAAGCGUCUCCUUUCUUCGACAAGCUGGUCUUCGAUAAGAUUAAACAAGGAUUUGGUGGAAGAGUUCGUCUCAUGUUGUCUGGAGCCGCACCGUUGCCUAAGCACAUCGAGGAGUUCUUGAGGGUCACAUGCUGCUGUGUGUUGUCCCAAGGAUAUGGCCUUACAGAAAGUUGUAGCGGGUGUUUCACUUCCAUAGCAAAUGUGUACCCUAUGAUGGGAACAGUGGGCGUCCCCAUGACGACAAUCGAGGCGAGGCUUGAAUCAGUGCCUGAGAUGGGAUAUGAUGCGCUUUCUUCUGUUCCGAGAGGUGAAAUUUGUCUAAGGGGGAGCACCUUAUUCUCUGGAUACCAUAAACGCCCUGAUCUUACAGCAGAAGUAGUCGUCGACGGCUGGUUCCAUACAGGUGAUGUUGGGGAGUGGCAGCCAAGCGGAGCACUGAAGAUCAUCGACAGGAAAAAGAACAUAUUCAAGCUGUCCCAAGGGGAGUAUGUGGCUGUGGAGAGUAUCGAGAGUGUUUACUCGCGAUGCCCACUUAUUACAUCGAUUUGGGUAUACGGUAACAGUUUUGAGUCAUUUCUGGUGGCUGUGGUUGUGCCCGAGAAGAAGGCGCUUGAAGAAUGGGCGGCAAAUAAUCAAGAGAAAGGAGAUUUUCAGUCUCUGUGCAGUAAUAUAAAGGCUAGGAAAUACAUGCUAGAUGAGCUCAACAGCACUGCCAAAACACAUAAUCUUCGCGGUUUUGAGAUGUUAAGAGGUGUUCAUCUAGAGCCUGCUCCUUUUGGCAUCGAUCGGGAUCUAGUUACUCCAACUUUUAAACUCAAGCGCCCACAGCUGCUCAAGUAUUACAAGGACUGCAUUGAUCAGUUGUACAGUGAAGCCAAAGAAACAAAAGCAUAAAAACAGCAUCAUCCUGGGAAAUUUCUACAGAUGGUCUAGAGUCAGGAUUAAAGCCUCGUCCUCACAAACUGGGCAAGGAAGAAAUCAGGCAUUUCUCCAACAGUCUUGUUCUCAUCAAUGUUCAUGUAUAUGGCAAUAAGUUCAAAAAUUUUCAGGGUGUAUGAUAAAUCUAUCCUUAUAUUUCUCUCUUUAGAUCUUUCUUAGAUAUAGAACUAAUCGAGUAACAGUUAUAUAAAUAUCAUGUCUUGAAUCUUGCAGUGGGAGUAACAUGUUAAUGGGGAUCUAUGCUGUAUAGAGCUUAACUCCA